CCUGAGAAAAGAAACGCUCCCCACUCCAGCGCUCCCUGCGGCCACGGGCAUUAUCGGUCACUCACCGAUGGAAUCGUGCGCUCCACCCUUCCACCGGGCCCUGCACACCGUACGCGUUAAAGCAAAUGAAAACCCUUCCAAAGGGGCAAGAAGCACACAAACAUAAAAGAAGAAGAAGAAGAAGAAGAAGCAAAAAACGGCAACCGGGAGAAGCAGGCAGUACGGCAGUAUAAUAUUGCGAUCGGAUCGCUUUGUUUCGCCCUGCCUGUGGCCCACACACACAAGUGGAUUAUCACCGCAGAACUCUCGAAACACGAUCAUUCACCGCAAUCGUCCGCGCCCUGUUACCCGAUCGUUCCUGCGUGCUCCCUUAGUUCAAUCCCAUCGUUUCGUUCCCUUCUGCUCUCUCUCUCUCUCUCUCUCUCUCUCUCUUUAACGCUCUCUCGCUCUAACUCACUCUUUCUCCCUUGCGCUCACAGUUGCACAGCGCCGCGGCACUCACGCAAGGAAAAAUAGGGUUCAUCCGAGCAAAGGUUCAUUCGCAGCUACCCUUCGCCCGUGUUGUAAAAACGGACCCCGUGUGCCGUCGCGCUCACUCGCACGCUCCGUCUCGCUCGCGCCACCGCACCCUGCGCACGGGAUGCUGCAAGGGGAAGUAAAAAGCCGCGCGGACCAGGGGACACUCACAAGCCCGAACGCACAUCGAAACGGCAAGCGCAGGCAGCAGCAGCAGCGCCGGAACGCGUUGCAUACGAUUGUUAGUCUAGCAGAAGAGUUCGUAGUGUAAACAUGUGCCAGCCGGCGUCGACGCUUCCCGACGACGACUGAGAAUAUCCUACCCUCCCUCCCGCCCAGCAACAACAACAACAAAAGAAAAAGACGAACGACGACAACGAAAAACGGUGACGACGAGUGAGUUCGCGAGGUGAUAUGGCAAGUGCGUCCUUGUAGCGGAAGCAAAAAGGCGAGUUUGUGUGUUUGUGCGUGCGUGCGUGCGUGUGUUGUGUGAUAGAACAAUUGGGCAAAUUUCACGUGUUUGCCCCGCGCUCUCCCCCCCCCCCCCCCAUCUUUCCCGCAUCUAUGUGCGCCGUGCGGUGUUGGUGUGUAACGCGUGCUGGUGGCGCGGUGCAACGGGUGCAGGGGUCGCCGGUCAAAGCGGGUUAAACGCGCGAUUGCCCCCCGUUUCACGGCCAACCUGCCCGUCCCCUGCGGGAUGUGUGGCGGCCGGCAGCCGAGGGCGAGUGUGGUGCGCGGCGUACGCACACCUUCCUUCCCUCCACUGGUGGCCACGGGCCGCAGCAGCACACCGACGAACCGACUCUUCUUCUAUCAACGGGCCGGGUGAGUGAGCUACAAUCAAACAGAGAGAGAGAGAGAGCGAGAGAGCGCGCGAGAGAGAGAAAACAAACACCAAAAAGAAAACGAGGCCCAACCCAUCAAAAAAAAAAGAAGAAGAAGCAUAAAAAACAGCCACCAAUUGUGCAGUUCUGUGUGCAGCGAAAAGGAAGUGUUAGUGUGCGGAAGCAAAAGAAAAGAAGAAAAGAAAAAAGUGCACAACAGUGUGUGGUGGGUGCAUCAAUCAGGCGAGCAAGGAGCGUCGGCCCGAGCGAGAAUCGAGCAUAACAUCUGCAACAGCAAAAGAAGAAGAAAAAAACCCGCCCAGUUCCCUUCAAAUCCCAAUCAAUGGUGUCCUGCAGCGUUGCUGUGUCGACGUACUACAACGCGGAAGGAAGUAUCAUGCCAUCUUCGACCAAGUUUUCCCUGCAAUUUCCUUCCUUGCCAUCCGGACUACCGAAGGACAGUGAAAACGAUGCACUAGCGGACAGCGAUUGCUGCGUUCAGUGCCCUCAGUGCCACCAGACGGUUCAGGGAAUCGAGGCACUGAAAGAACACAUUCAGCUUAAUCACAGCGGCUGCCCGAACGGCCGGAGGGCAAAGUUCCCGACCGAUACUAGCGCACCGGACGACGACGACGAAGACGACGUAGAGGACGAGGACGACGAGCGCAUGGCGGAGGAGGACGAACAUCACGUCGAUCCGGAGGCCGUGUCGCCCCUGCCGGCCCCGCUCGAUUCGCUCGCGGCCAGCGCGGUGGCGGGCGCACGGGCCACCGGCGAUCUGGUCGGCAGCCGGCUCCAGGCCAAGUGUGGCAGCCUGCUGCAGCUCCAGCAGCAGAAGCACCAGCUGGCCCAGCUAGUCGACGACCGGGAGGACGAGGAGGAGGAGCUAGAGGUGGCCCAGGGAGGCAGCUCGCCGCGGGAUCUGCUGAUGGCGGGGCUGGCCCCGCAAACCGUACCGGCGGCCGACCGGUCAUACGGGCCGCGAUCGAUGGUGAUCAGCCCGGCGCAGGACGGCAGCAGCAACUCGAGCAGCGGGCCGAGCCUGCCGACCGGUGGCACCACCGCGAAGGAGGGCGGUGCCGAGCUGGCCGUGUACGAGUGUGCCCAGUGUCCGACCACGUUCGCCAGUCGGGAUCAGCUGGAGCGGCACGAGAUGCAUCACGCACCGUCGGCCGAUGCGAGCUGCAAGGUGUGCAACAAACCGUUCGCCAACGUGUACAGACUGCAGCGCCACAUGAUCUCCCACGACGAAUCGUCGCAGCGGCGGAAAUUCAAAUGCAACGAAUGUGAUAAAGCGUUCAAAUUCAAGCACCAUCUGAAGGAGCACAAGCGCAUCCACUCCGGCGAGAAGCCGUUCGUCUGCCCGAACUGCGGCAAGCGCUUCUCGCACUCCGGUUCCUACUCGAGCCACAUGACCUCGAAAAAGUGCAUCAAUAUGGGCAUCAGGCUCAACCACAACAACAACAACAACAACAACAACAGUAGCAGCCACAACAACAAUAACAACAACAGCACCAGCCACAAUAACAACAGCUCCAACAACAGCGGUAGCGGCAGUGACAGUAACCACCGAUCGCCCCAGUACCCGUUCCACGGUGGCAACGGGUUCACCGGCAUCCCGAACGGGCAUCCCGGUGCGAUAGGCGCUGGUGGGCUUGGCCGUUCGCCGAUCGGUCUGCGACCGCAGGCGGCCCUCCAUCGCGAUCUGGACAUUGCCGGACGACUCCGCCUAGUGACGUCACCGUCGCCCACCUCCUCCUGUUCCUCCGCGACCAAGCACGAGCUGGACGCGAUCGGUCCGCAGCCAGGCGGUGUGGACCCGCUGCUGCUCACCAAGAUACAGCAGGCGUCCUGGCUCGCCGUCGCCAUGCACAACAUGCAGGCCAUGUGGGAUCCGAACGUGCUGCGCCUGUUUGACCAAUUCCAGCAGCAGCCACAGUCGACGUCGUCGUCUACUGACAGUGAAACGCACGAGCCUAUGGAGGAUGGCCUGCACCAGCAGCAGCACCAGCAGCAGCACCAGCAGGGACCGCCACAGCCACCACCACCGCCGCCAGCCACAACCUCGCUGCUUGGCGACGAGGAUGAGCAGCGGCCGGAAUCGGCCCGGCGGCCUGUUUCGUCGAUCGAUGUCGUCACGAUGCCGGAAGGUGUCGCCCAACAGAACCCGUCCGAACGCAUGGAGAUCGACGAAGAGGAGGAGGAGCACGAGGAGGACGAAAGCUGCGCGGAGGAGAAGGUUGAGGUCGUGAUGGGCUCGAGCACAGCCGGUAGUCGGCAGUCUCCGGCCGCCUUUCACGAGGAUGCACUCCAGAAAAUCACCGACAAUGGCUCCGCUGUAGAGGAGCAGAAUGGGGAGGAGUCGUCGCACCAACCACAAAAGAGCGAAUAUCCCGAGGAGCAGCAAUCUGCUGAGAGCAAGCUGAUUUUGCCACUGCUUCCCAAGCAGGAACCACUAGACGAACCAGCGAUGGAGUCUACCAACUCGAUGGAGUCGCAGCAGCACCAGCAGCAGCAACAGCAGCAGCAACAGCAGACACAAGAACAGCUGACGUCAUCUGUCAGCCAUGACACGCUGUCCGUCGUGAAAGAUGAACCGUCCGAGGAGACUGCCAUCGACCCAUCGCUGGAGCUGUCCGACGAGCCCAAACUGAACGAGCGAGACAUGGAACGGGCGCACUACUCGUCGCCCUCGGCCGCAUCCUCCCUCUCGCCCUCGGUGUCCACUGCCCUGCUGCACUGCAUCUACUGCAGCGAGGAGUUUGCGACCGAGCCGGAGAUGCUGCAGCACGCGCGGAUGUUCUGCAAGCGCUCCCUGUUACUCAACCCGUUCAUGAGCGCGUCGGGUGCGCUGGCACAAACGGGCAACGGUGUGCCACCGGGUACGAUCGCCGGAGGCGGCGGCAUCAGCAGCAGUAGCAGUGGCAACAGCAGCAACAGCAGCUGCAGCGACGACGACACCGACUACGAUACGGUCGCACUCAAGGGCGACUGCGGCGGUGCGUACGGACUGCACGGUGGCAUGGCCGGCGGUGCACUCGGUGUCGGAGGAGCGCACGGUGGACCGGGUGGCAGUGGCAAGGUGCGCGUCCGCACCUCCAUCUCAGAAGAGCAGCAGAACGAGCUGAAAAAGUACUACGCCCGCAACAGCAAGCCGAGCCGGGACGAGUUCCAGGCGAUCGCCCAGCACGUCAAGAUGGAGGCGCGCGUUGUGCAGGUGUGGUUCCAGAACAACCGAUCCCGGGAGCGCAAGAUGGGCGUAACCGGUGGCAGUGGUGGUGUCGGUGUCGGUCGCCAGUAUGCAGCUGGUGGUGGUCAGGCCGGCGGCCAGACGGUCGCCCCGGCAGGGACGCCGAACUCGCCGCUGCACGCCGACCGCGCACCGUCGGUCGUAACCGGGCAGGACGCAACCGGCGACCAGCCGCUCGACCUAUCCGUCAAGAAGGGGCUGCUCACGGUCGGUGAGGCGCUGCUGAGUGCCGCCACCAACUCGCAGGCCGCCGCCACGGCGCUAGCCGCCGGCUCGCUUCCGGCCGUGCUGCUCCAGGCCGACACCAUGUCCGCGCUGAACGAAGCGAUCAACCUCAGCAUCAAGGCGUCCUGUUCACCGACCGCCUACUUCUACCACGACAUACACCCGAUCCACGGCGUUACGGCCGGACCGCAGGCGCACGCCAUGCUUGGCCUCGGGACCGGGCUGCCGCGGGACACACCCUCGCCCCAGGACGGUCGGGGUCAGCACACGGCAGCGCCGUCGCUGCCGUCCCAGCCGUCGCCGCACGCGUACGGCAAGUAUCCGCCGAUGCACGGGCUCCAUCCGCCGCACCAUCCCGCCAGCCUGGCCGGCAUGGACCAGCUGUUCCGGAAGUUCUCGCCGAAGCUAUCAGCCGCGGUGUCGACCGCGGCCACCACCGGUACCAUGGUUGGCCGGGCCAGCCUUAGCCCGGGCGCGCUCGACAUGAUGCCGGACGAGACCGGCGCGAGCUACUACGGCGCCUUCCCGGACAAGAAGCACCUGCUGCAGUCGAUGCUGAACGUGCCCAAGCGGAUGGGCGCCGGGUACGGGCUCGGUGGAGGUGCUGGCAAUGGGGCAGCGACCGGUGCCGGCGGCAAGGAUGCCGGUUCGCUGGCCCACCCUGCCCCGGAUGCCGAAGGACAGUACGUCUGUGAUCAGUGCGACAAGACGUUCAGCAAGCAUAGCUCCCUGCAGCGACACAAGUACGAACACUCAGGUCAACGUCCUUACAAGUGCAUGGAAUGUCCGAAGGCGUUCAAGCACAAGCACCAUCUGACCGAGCACAAGCGGCUGCACAGUGGGGAGAAGCCGUUCCAGUGCUGCAAGUGUCUGAAGCGCUUCUCGCACUCCGGCUCCUACAGCCAGCACAUGAACCAUCGCUACUCCUACUGCAAGCCCUACAGGGAGGGCAAAUAAGGCAACGGCCUGGGGCGGGAUGUUCCGUCCCCCGGGGCCGGCCACGCCGCUCCAUACGAUCGCGACCCUGCUACCGCCCUGCCCGCCGGCGCCCCACCGCCCACCCAGCGACUGCGGCGCGGACGUGGUGGCCGACUUGCCCUGGCAGCGGUUGCCCACGGCUACGCACGGUCCCGCGCAGCUGAGCAGAAGCAACAACCGUACGCUGGACCACCACCACCAACACCAACACAACCAUUGCCACCUGUUACACUACCAGGUGUAGUGCAGACGUCACCGCAUCUAGCUGUCAACGAGAUGGCGGCCGCCAGUAGUAAUCAGCCCAUCUUCCAUCACCACAGCCAGCACGGUCACCACCAGCAGCACCUUCACAACCAUCACCACCACCAUCAUCACCAUAGCGUACCAGCAGGCCCACCGAUCUUACAAUCAGUCAGCACACCAGUAGUAGCGCCCGACGCCGCCAUACUGCUACCUCCGCACCGGCUGCUCGCCCCGGCGGACGGUCCGCCCACCGCACCGUACCUCAGCCGGCGGCUGUUCGUCGACCGGUACCUGAAGUCGGCCGGGUCCGGUGUGCCAUUCCUGUCCGAGCCACACCCGAUGGCGCUGGCCAGCAAUAGUAGUAGUAGCAGUGUUGCCAGUGAAGCUGCCAGCAGUUUACACUGAGUCGUUUGGGAGAUUCGCCCAACACACACACACACACACACUCACACACAGAAACACACUCAACCAGUGCAGUGCGUAAUGCAGUGUUUACUUAAAGCCAAGGUAAAGACUUGACACAUUUGUUGUAGGAAAGCGGGCUGUGUGCAGAAGAGCUGCUCAAUAAUCGGUAGAAGUUGCGGAACGCGGAACGCAGAAAAUGAGAGGAAGUAAGAGGAAGAACACAAAACUUAUUUGCAAGCGAAAACAUGACACAGCAAUGGAUAGAAUGGAAUGGAAUGCACUGCUAGGGGAAGGAUGCAAGUAAUGCGCCCUCGAAGGGACUCAAGUUAUUAUUUUUUCGAUAUUUUAAUGCUAGUUUUCUAUGAUAGAUUUUAUUAUUGCCCCUCUUAAAACAGCCCGUUACGCUCCUGUAACGUAUAACACACCCGUAAAGAUUAAUCUCCAAUACUUCUACUAUUAUUAUUAUCAUUAUUAUUAUUAUAUUUUGUGCUUGGGCGGUGCGCUAGCUUUCAGCGGAGGUGUCUGGUGACAGGAGAGUUCAGUAUCCGCCCAAAGUACCUGUGAAUAACGUGCCACAAUUCACUUACUCUUUUAAAACAAAUCGCUUAUUCGCCAGAAAGAGUAAAGGAUAGAGAGAAUGAAAAAUAUCCCUCGGUCUGACGUGAGCGUCGGGUAAGACGAUUAGUAUUAUUAUCAUUGCCCAAGAGGCAUCGCAGUUUAUUGUUCGUUUGAAUUUUGGUUCAUUUUUUAUCAACCUUUGUUUCUGUUUCUUUGUUUUUAUUGCGUUUAAAAAUGUAUCUCUCGCUCUAUCUUUCUCUCUUUCUCUUUGUCAAUCGCGCAAACACGAGACAGAAAUGAGGACACUUGAGUCCAAAUUGGUGGUGGUUAGCUGUUCUUAACUUUUCACUUGUUUAGUAUUUCCCGAAACCAAACAAAAGCAAACCGGAGCUGGGAUAUGAAGCCAAGCGUUUCGGCCCGUACUCAACCAGUGCUCGAAAACUGCUUGAAUUAAAAAGAAACAGUACCCAAAAUCGAGCUCUCUUCCGAAGCAGUGGCGGAUCAAAUCGAUUGGAGGUCUCCUGGUCCGCCGCACCGUUAGAUCCGCCGCCGCUUGCAAGCAGCAGUAGUAUCGCACUUUCCUCGCGUCUCCCUCCCUAAAGUCGUACUUAACGCAUCGCAAAUGAACUUUUUUUUCUCCCUUGGUUAAGAAUUGGGCCAUCUCGAAGCUCGGGGUGGGAACGCUUGGGUGUCCGAUCGGAACAUGCGCUCACUAACAGAGCGGACAGAAGACAGAGGAUGGGAAGUUUGCCAUACGGAAGUGCCACACGAAAUGCAUUUAUUAUUAUUAUUACUAUUAAUUUACGACUAUUUUACGAGGGAAACGAUUCAAAACUACUUCUUUAGCGUCAGCCUCGAACAAGAUGAGGGCACUGUAUAUUAAAAUUGUUUUUUUUUUAUACUACGAAUACAAUUAGUUAUAUAAUAUAUAUAUUUUUUUACAUUAUUUUCUGGAAAGAGAGGAAGCCAAUUGAUAGCUAAAGCUGUCGGGCAUUCGCAGAUUGUUUCUUCUCUCCAAUGUCUCCAAAAAGUUCUACUCCAUCUACUACUCACCUACUACUAAAGAAAGUGUACGGAGUAGGGUGAAAAGCGUACUCAACGCUAGAGACACACAGUACACCGGCGCCUUUAUUCUUAAUCCCGAAACAUUGUAUCUCAUUCCUAUUAAGUCUAGUGUAUCUAGAGACUAUUUUCCAAAAACACAAAAAAAACGAAACACUCACACACACAAGAAGAGCUCGUUCUUUCCCUUGGGGAAAAAAGCAACAACAAAAAGAACUCGACAAAAUGCACAGACGAGCCCGAGGAAAGGUGUAUUCAGUUACUUACUAUUCCCAUUCUACCUAGGUUAAAUUAGCCGGGCAUUCUCGGAAACACUUCACGGGCAAACCUACAAGCCUAGCUCUAAAUGUAUAAAGCGGUCAAAGGGACAUCGAUUCUGUCAACGCAUAGCCAUUAGGUUUAACGAUGUAGCUAUUAAAAAUUGUACCCGAUAUGUUCGAUGUGUCUACUAUUCGUCUUAGUUGCCUUAUUAUUAUUAUAGCCCCCUCCCCAUUGAGAGCUACCGUGCACCUUCCUUUACCUAUACCUAUAGGUUACGUUCCGCCCGUGCCAUCGCGCACACCACUCAAGGGCGCACUCAUACAGGCUAGGACCAAACCAAAUCUUUUACUGCACUCCUUCGUGUAAUUAUUGUUAGCCUCCUUUUGCUCCUCCCUUCCUCCCAAUCGGGGGUUUUGCAUGGCCUGAUAGUAAAUGUCGUCCAGUAUGGGGCCCAAGCUGGCCCCAAGACUCGGUAACACACAAUCGCUUAGUGAAGCCGCGCCUCUCCCAAUCCGGUUAUACCACUCCCACAAUUUUUGAAAAGUGAUAUUGACAGUUACUGAGCGCCUCUUUCGAAACGCUCCGUAAGCUAGCAACUGUGGCUUGACAUGUUGGUGCGUUCGUUUGUUUCGGUUUUUGUUUUUUUUUUGUUUUUUUUCUGUCUGUUUGGACCAGAAAGUGUUAACUUAGACAAUACACAGGCUAAAACAGUGGGAUUGUAAUACGGAAAGCAGUCACUAUUGUGCCACAGGAUUCCACAUCGUUCGUAAAAAAAAGUCAAACACACACACACACACAUAUGUUGAUAAAAAAAUAAGGAAGAAAGCAUACAAAAGCAUGUGUACACUAAACUUUAACCCAAAUUAUUGUAUCAAAGUUUCUGCAUUCUCAUCAUAAAAACACUAUAAAAUCUGCAUCAUUGGAGGUUGCCUACAACUACAACAACCCCAGCAACAAAAAGUAAUACACAAUUUAAGAAAAAACAACCAACACUUACUAAAGAUGACAAAAAAAAACAUUUACACACAAAGAAAACCAUCUAUUAGGCAUAACAUGGAGCAUGAACGAGCGAUGCUAAAGGAAUGGAACAGGAGAAAAAAAGAACAAAAAAAGCUUCAAUAAUAUCCCUACUUCACUGUUACACAUUUAUAUAAAUCAAAUAUUAUUAAAUGAAAACGAAAGCAAGAAAGAGAGAGAGAGAGAGAGAGAGAGAGAGAGAGAGAGAGAGAGAACCCCAGGAAAAUUACUGCGAACAUUUCUCUAAAGGGACUACUCCAAACACAAGCGAAUGGUUAAACAAACAAAUGGUAUUGGACUAUUUUCUCAACAUCUAUAUAGGGUGGUGGUGGUGGAAAAUCCCCUUUAAACAAAAAAGGCAGACUGUGUUGGUUUUUAGUUUCUUUUUAGCUAGAACGUUGUAAGACUUAAGCCCAAACAACGCAACGCAGUAGUGGGGCGGAUCAACAAUGGUGGGUUUUAAAAAUGCAUCACGAAGCGGCAAAGAGACAAAACACAUACACACUUUAUAGCAAGGUUUCAUGGUGGACUUAAAAACUAGAAAUGAGAUAACUACUAAAACAAAACUAAAACCUAAAAACUAAAAACACACAAAGAGGUAGCAAAAGGCGGAAGCGCUAGAGAAGGAUGUAACGGUAAAAAAGGGAAGGAGAAAACGAAAAGAAACAAAAAAUCACUAGACAAAAAAAAAACAAACAAACAAACAGGCAAGCAAACACAACGCUAGGGCAAAUGUAUAGGGCGGAGAGGCGUGAGAGGCCACGCAUGAAUUAGAAAAUAACAUAACUACUGCGCAGUAAACUAUAUCGAUAUCGACAAAUUAAAUUGGUUAAACGUCAGCUAUAUAAAUCGAAAGCUUUCUUCCUCGCUUCCUAUUCCCAAAAAAAAAACAGUUCUUUACGAAGAAGAAGAAAAAAAACAUAAUCCUUUGUAAAUCAAGCAAAACAGGCCAACAAAUUUAAGACGAACACGUGCCAAAACCAGCCAAAAAUACGAGCAACGAGAUUUUACUCCUUUUUCUUUUCCAUGCCUCCACACACACACACACACACAUACACCUAUGCCCGAGAUUUACAAAUCUCUCCGUUUGCUGGUCGCGGCUACCCUUUUGCUGUUUUGCUCAUUUGUUUUAUGGCCGCCCCUGGAGUCGAUCGAGAGAGCGGCGGGUGCAGUAACGAUGAGGAGAUACGUUGUUAGUAACACUUGUACAUACCAGUAAUAAAGACGUUGCACUUUCCAUGUUAAGGAACACCCCGAUCCCUUGUCUCUAUCCCUACCUCGGGACCGCCUUCCCAACCUUCCCCAUUAUCUGUUUUUCGGAAAACUGGUAAAUUGGAAUUCAACUUUUACAUCAAAAGCACAUAAAACAAACAAUCAAUAGGAAUGUUGCCAUUUGAGCAAAACAAAAACAGGCAAAAAAUGUAAAACACAGCCAGGCGGAUGAAAAAUAUAAUCCAUAGCACGUCCAAAUGGAAAAGGCGAUCAAAUAAGCUAAAACAAAAACAGCAGCAAACGCAUUGAGCAAGGAAUAGUAGCAAUGGGAAAAAGAGCUGGACAGUUUCUAGCAGAGAGUAUAGCAUCAAUUAAACCACGCGUUUGUGUUACAAUACAGCAGAGGAUGAGUUUUUUUUUAUAUCUAUAUACAAACACACACACACACACACACUGUAACCGUACACCACCAGAGAAGAAAACAAAGGGAAAGAGCAAGUGAAAAGAAAGCAAAACCAAACCGGCUAACAAAACUGUUGACAAGCGAAACAAACAUUCUAGUUGAAAGUGAAAACAAAGGCAAAUCUUAUUGAAUCGUGCAAAACAAAACAACAAACCAAACAAUCCCAAUACGAGAAACGUCGCCACACCGCGCCAGUGCAGCCAGAGGUUGAGCCAAAAGUUGAACCACUAAGUGCGGCACUAACAUUCUUUACUACUUCUCCUUUACCUUACUAAGUUGCAAGCGGAUGUGGACGAAGAGACAACGAAAAGCCAAAAUGCGAAGCCCCCCCCCUCGUUCAUGAGUGGUCUUUGUUGCAAACCAAAAAAAAAAGCAAAUCGUUUAUAUAUACAUAUUAUAUAUAUAUACAUAUACUAUACAUUAAUAUUAUAAUAACAAACGAACAAAAAGUGUCUUUAAUUGAAUUUACAUUAAUUGCAAACGCCUAUUAAUUAGUGAUUUAUGGAAAACCGGAAUAAUUUAGCUAUUGGAAUUCUUGUAAGAGGACAACAAAUUAUUGAAUCGUGCCAUUGAACAAAGAGAGAAAGAGACAGAGAGAUAAAAAAAAGUAAAAGAAAGAGAGAAAGAUAGCAAGAGAUAAAGAGCGAAAAUGUGUAGGACGCGUUAGUAUGUUGAAGUAAUGAAGCGGCUUAGUGUAAAUCGGAACGGAUCGUUAAGUAGCAAGCGCUCUAAUCUGUCUGUCUGUUUAUUUUUGUGAAUGGUACACGUGGUCGAUUGACCACCCCCAAAAUGUGCCCCUAUAGGCAGAAAAGGGUAAUGUAGUUAAGAAGUAACAGCGUUAAAAGUAACGCCGGAGACACACACUAAUAGCAGCAAAAGCAGAUGCCAAGCGCAUACGGGGCAACAUAACGAAACGGAACAGUAAGGAAUCGUGACUAUUGUUAAAUAUUUCUAUUGAAAACAGAACACUCACACACACACACACAUACACAUUCGUACGAAGGAAAAGAAAUGCCUGGAGGGGAGAAAAAAAAUUAAAGUAAAGAAAUAAUUAAAACAACGAACUAUGAAUGCUAAAUUAUACGUAUCGCAAAAGGGUGCGAUCCAUGCUUUCGAGAGUUAUUGCCAAAGUAAAACAAUAAUAAUAAUAAUAACAAGAAAGACACCCAUCCAAUCGAGCAAGGAACAACCAUAACUCCUUAUCCCCAGCCCCCCCCCCCCCCCCCCUUUAAAAAACAAUCCCAAGCACACAAACACACACACACACACCAGAACAUACAUAUGGAAAAAAACAGACACAAGCAAAAAGCACACAAUUAAUCAUUCCAAACAAGACAACCUAAGGAAGGAAGGAAACGAAAAGGAGAAAAGUAGAUAUAGCUAAAAGAAGAAAAUGAAGAGAUAAAAAUGGCGAAAUACCGAAAAGUAUAUAUAUAUAUACAUACUUAUAUAUACAAAAUAUAUAUACAACGGGAAGCAGAAGUAAACAGGCAAACAAACAAACGGAAAAACGCCCACACCCAUACACACACAGUCACACAUAAGAUAUUACCAGCGCAGUCAGCUCUCGUACACAUGUGUUAUAUUUACUGAUUUGACUUGUUACAUCCUCAGUUAGAGAAGAAAACAAAAUAAAUAAGAAAAGAAUCGUGGAAAAAGAGAAAGAGAAAAUGAAGCAAAAAAACGAUAAAGAAUGCGAAUGAGGUAGACCCAGUAGUAGCACAGGAGCGGACAGGCGAGAAGCGUAAACAUAACACAGCAAACACAACCAAAUGUGGAAACCAAACGACCAGAGAUUUUUUCUAUGCUAUUCGUUAGAAAAAUACACAGAAGUACCAAGUCAGACAAUAAAAAUGAAAACAAAACUUACCAAUAUAAGUUAAAAUCUAAAAUUAAAUAACAUCCC